CUUGCCCUUGCUCAUUAACACAAAGACAAUGCUUUUUCAGACUCCAUCCUUUGUCAUUUACCAACACAACACGCACUUACGCGGGAACUGUACAAGAAACACUUGUCUUCAUCCUCGUUGAAAGGCUGGUGGAACAUGCAAGCACGUGCUGAAUGGUUUCAAGAGAUGCCGUCAAUACCCAAGCGUGCUGACGUCUCAACGCCAACUGAGCAAACACCAGUACCCGAGCUCGUCGCAUGAACGGGUGGAUUGCACACUUUCAUGUCAACACUGCGCGUGGCCGUGCGCGCUCAUCAUUCCACUUGUCGCUUUAUCGUCGCAAUCAAUCACGAAGACACACAACGGACAGGCCGACCAGGUAGAUCGUGUGAACUUCCGUUAGCUCUCUGGACGAAGUUACGGUCCCUGCUGUCUGACGUUCUCGUUGCCUGUACACACCUCGGAUACGACUAACAGUAAUAGUAGGAGAUUUGUACAGCACGCUGUUGAGAAAUCCAGUAUUGCUGUCAGAUUUGCAAGCUCAGCGAGGGAGAGGUGGUAAAAGUGCUUCAGAGAAGCUGAAUAAUCUUCCAGAUAACCAGGCUGGGCUGUCGCAAUGGCGGAGAAGAGGAAAAGGAAAUACUGAACAGGACAAACGUACACGGGUAUCGACAAGUGUCUUUUAUCACAGCCCAGAUGUGCAGCUGGUUUCUUUCCAUCGCUUUCAUCGUGAUGGUCGAGCAACAGCUGACCACAAUGGCAGCUGAAAUGAGCAGAUACCAACAUUGCUGCGAGGAGCUGCAGACUCUAAAAAUAAUCUUGGGGUCAGAGGUGACAGACUGCCUGCAAGAAGAGUGCGAGUCAGCUGUAGAAGACCUGAGGUCGUCGUCUGCGUCCAAUGGGUCAUGUCCGCUCUCAGCUGCCACCAUAUGCAGGCACUUCUCUGAUCUGCAAGAGAGAAACUGGUGGACAGAUGACGACUCCAUCACUGACAGUCACGCCAUGGCUGCCCAGAUACAGCAAGUAAUAGAUGCUGCCACCUGGCACGAUUGUGUCAUAGUAUAUGACAUCAGCAACAUGGAAACAGUGAACAGACUAAUAGAUUUCUUGUCCGAGAGGAACCUGCAUUUCGCCACUUAUGACCUCACAGACCUGAGCGGAAGUUUCUGAUUUCUUUCUCAUGAUAACAGACAUUUUUGGUCGUCUGCAAAUAAAGAACAUCGUUCUUCUUGCAAACAUCACGGCUGUGGAAAAGCUUUUUAUACAGGCUGCAGCCUACGACAGUCAGUUGGGAAGAACGUCAGGACUGGAGAUGUUGACACAAUGGAUAGUAGUGACUCCGAGGUCCACACCCUUCCUUGAUCGUCUGCAAGAGGCUGCCCACGGUUUCGACAACGUUGUUGUAAUAUCAGAGACUGCAGUUAAAUUAACCUCCACUACUGACACGUUACAAGAUAAUUUGCAGCCAAUGCAGUGUACUAUGUACAACAUUGAGUCCUUGAUGUACAAGAUCAUUAACAGCACCCGGCGCAGACGGCUUCAGCCACUCACCGAACUCAGGGCGCGCGAUGACGUCCUCGCCAACACUCCUUUUCCUCAACGUGAAGUUCUUCUUCAACCAACGAACACUGAAAGUCGGCACGAAAAGGAUGCCUCCCUUCGUCAGCAGUCCAAGUGCGGACGCCGACGAAAGCGAAUUUUCCGGACUUUGCAUUGAUCUCCUUCGAGAGCUGGCGUCGUCCCUCAAUUUUACAUACGAACUGAAGUUGCCAGUAUUGCAUGAGGGAUGGGGAAUUGAAGAUGACAACAGAACGUGGAAUGGUCUGGUUGGACUUCUCCACAAAAGGGAAGUGGAUCUGGUGGUGGCACCUCUCUCUUUCACACCUGAUAAGAGCCUGGUCAUGGAAACCACCGUGCCGUACUAUCAUAACAACCUCGCGGCAGUCUUCAAGAAACGCGACCCUCUGCUUGAUAAGUGGCGCAUUUACAUGAGACCUUUUCGUGGCGAGGUUUUCUUGUGCCUAGGGGUGGCGCUAAUAGUGGAAACGUUUUUAAUGCACAUGCUAGCGUGGUACGACCCCACUGUCUAUGCCAGCAAGGGAAACAAGCAUCAACAUAGAAUAUUUCCAGGUCCUUCGCCUGACGACGGCUUCUGGCACAUGUUUGGAGUGCUGUUAUCUCAAGGAGGUUCCACUCUUCCCGAAUCAUGUUCUGGACGCAUUCUGCAGGCGGCUUGGAUCUUGUUCUCGAUUGUUAUCGGCGCCACCUACAGUGGUAACCUCAUCGCAUUCCUCACAGUUGAGCUUGAGCAGAUGCCCUUCCAGACCCUGGGCGAGCUCCUAAACCAGGACGUUUAUAAAUGGGGGACAUUCGGAAAUGCUGCAGUUUACACCUUGCUCACUGAGAGCAAAAACCCAGUGUACAGAGCUCUCGGUGAGCACCUUCUUGUCUUCGCUCGUUCUGACCCUGGGGUCAUCAGUCUGAAUAUAAGCGAGCAGCAACGCAAGGUGAGAGGGGGUAACUUUGCCUUGCUGGUGGAAUCCUCCAUGGCAGAGGCUUGGACAAGGGACAACUGCGAUUUAUCUUCAGUGGUUGACACGGAUGUCUCCUUUCCCUACGGCGUGUAUUUACCGAAAGGCUCAGACUACACAGAGCUGCUUAAUGACUUCAUAUUGAAAAUCUGGGAGGCGAACUUGGCCUCCAAAUGGAUGGAGAACAGCAUGGCUGACAGCAACAUUUGUGUCAAGGACGUCGUGUCCGACAACCCCCACAUCGCGGUGGCGGACGUGCAGUCCGUGUUAUACGUCAGCAUAGUGGGCAUGGUCCUGGCGCUCAUUGCCUUAGCAACCGAGUGGCUGGUCUUCAAGAAUCCGCGCCUGCGUGAGUGGGUCACGAAGGCGGCCAAUGCUUUUGUUGACGGCUUCCAACGACGCCACGUUAGCGACAACGAGGACGCCAGCGUGACCGAGGACGCCGACCUCAAAAGCUCAAGUGACUUUCCCUGGAGGUCAGAUGACGCAGUCCGCCCUUGGUCAGCUCCAGUCGCCUCAACAGCUAACCUCCGUAGGAGACUUUGGGGACGAAGAAGCCACUCCCGGGGUAGUGGCAUCACGCGAAAAUGGUAGACUGCCUGAGGACGAGAGGUGCGACGCCUGGGGUUACGAAAGGUUCUACUACACCGCGGAGAAUCUUGGACUGAAACGACAGGGCGCUCGUCAAGGAUCCGGUAGAGAUGAAGAGUCUGAAGAAGUAGAUGUCACACGAGGUCGCGUUAUAAAGAGAGGGAUGACCACAUUUUCACAGACUAUUACUACAGCGUAAAUUCAGAAUGACUCUAAGACUUACAGCGUUCACACACACACACAAUCAGUAAGCAAUAGCGUUAUCUUUUUCGUGAGACGGAUGUCAAUAUUUCGCGUGUAAUAUGGAACGUUUUUUUCCGCGAUGUGUUGCCAUUUAGAAACGUUCUCACGCCCAUCAUAGCGGCCUGUAGAUUCAGGUGUUUUGUUUUUUUUGUUUGUUUGUCACUGAGAGAAUAUAAGUUUCUUUGGCGGGAAUGAGCGCGUGGAAGGGUAUCUAUAAGUAAUACUAGGGUUUUUCUAGCAGUAUACUCAAGCGCACCUCUUCAGUGAGCAUUUUCACUACUUUUUCACAUAAGUUUUUUUUUUUUUUUGACUGUUUUAACCACUUGUACAUCAUUUGACCGGAGGAGAGGAGGGGGUAAUAGAAGGUGUCUGAAAAGUAAUGGGACUUGUGUUUUUAAAAUUAAAAUAAUGUUUUGUUGUUUGAUACCAGUCCUGUUACUUUUCAAACAUGCUCCGCAUGCAUACCUGUGACAAGAAGUCAAAGUUUGGGGAGUUUGUUUGCUUUUUGCUUUGUUUAGGGAACGAUCAAUUUGAAAUGCAACACCUCAGUUUUCUGCUCGUGUGGCUAACAAAAGUAAGGCACUUUAGUAUUAACCAUAAAAUUAUCUAGGAAUUAUGUGUUGCAAUAUGAAGGCAAUGAUAUCUUAACAAUGUUAUUUUAAUUUAGUUUUCUAUCAGAAUUUUGAUUUUCAGCUCUUAAAGCAUUGUCAACAUUUAUUUCUAACACUAGAAAUUAUGAUUUGGUAAACAUUUGGUUACAACAGACUUCAUUCCUCAUUUAAAUUUCAUUUUUCCCAUAACUAUCAAAGUUGCAUGUACUAUAAUUAAUGGUUGGAGGAGUUCAGCGGAUUAUUUUCGGCAGCACCAAUUGAAUCUUCUUGAAUCUGAGAUAGAGAUUUGUGUCUGAAAGACUAGGGAAGAGAAGAGUAAAAGAAGGAUGAGGAGGAGAAAGAGAAUGAUGUUAACAACGAACUUCAAAUAUUAUUCAGCUUACAUAAUAACAUUGUGCGGUUGUAAGCAAUGUUUACACAAUGUUGCAUUGUUGUAUGCAGUGCUUACACAACAUUGCAUUGUUUUAAGCAAUGCUUACCAAACAGCAAUGCCAACAUGUUUAUAUCCAUAAAUUGCAUGUGAGUGUACUAUGCAUCAGCACGCAUGCAAGUAUAUGGGUAUAUGGUCAGAUAUAUAUAUAUGUAAACUGAAAUCCUUACUACAUGCUCAGUGUGGUAGGCCUGACAAUGAAUUAGGACUAGUUAAACAUAUUAAUCUUGCUAUAAAACAGAAUUUUACAGUUAGCUGAUGGAGUUUCUCAAACUUAUUGCACUGUAUAUACAACUUGCUAGACAACCUGUAAUACUAUGGUGGUUAUUUGAUAUGAGUAUUGAAAAAUGGGAAAGAGAUGGAUAGCCCUAACUUUGGAGGGAUGAAUAUUUCCCAUAAUCUAUAAUACAACUUUAUUGAUCCCCGGGGCAAUUUAAGAUCUAGCAUAUUGUGGAUAACACAAUAAAAAAAUGUGAUUCAGAUUCUUCAAUAUUUUUACAUAAGGGACUGUUUUGAGUGCUUGAGUCCGUUAUAUACCUUAAUUGAUGGUACUUUAUGUUAGUAAGACCUUGUCUGAAUCUGACUAGGGUAUUUCUCAUUCCUAUAUGAUUUAAAUUCUGCAAAUAGGAAGACUGGGAAAGACUGCUUUUAAAACAACGAUAAGGAUAAAAGAAGUUGCUACUAGCCUCUCAGUCCAUUCUUGCUUGUAACAAUCUACCAGUUUUUGUUUAAAUUCUGCAUUCCAUAAGUUGUCUCCCAUUCUUAAGUUUUUUUUAAAAAGAGCUUAUAGAGAGA